AUGACGGACUGCUAUUCCGGGGUGUCUACAAGAGAAGACAAUCUGCACAAACUCUUCGUUGAAGCCAUGGCGAUGCCCAAAGCAGACUUCGAGAUGGUUUUGGACAGCUCUUGGUGCCACUUCCGACAGCAGCUUCUUUGUGCCUACGAGCGACGACUGGAUGCGCCCAAGCCGACGGAAGUAGUGCCAGGGCCCGGGUGCUUUGAACGCUCCUGGCGUGAGCGCGAACCAGAGACUAGAGAAGAUCGAGAAGGGCGUCGUGUGGUGUUCGACACGCCUGAGACACCAGUGAGCCCUGAGUCGAGUACCAACUUCGUCGCUCAGAACAGUGAGGGCAGCAGCACGGAGAACAUCGCGCACGGCAACAGCACCAAAUUGUUGCACUCUGCCGUGGGCGGCUUGAGUGACGAGGAGGCCCAAGUCAUUCGGAGCCGGCUUCGGCUGCGCCUGGGAGUGCUUAGCGGACACAAGCUGGUUUCCGGCAAGUCUUUGCACGACGCGCUGGCGGCUCUGGGUCUCACGCGAUACACGGAGGAGGACAUGAAUGAAUUGGUCAACCUCCUCAGUGAUUUCAUUGGCUUGCGUUUUCAGGAGGAAACAGAGUCGGUUGUGGGCGUUUUCCGCCGUCGGGCUUCCGGCGUGGGACCCCCAUCGUGGCAAUGGCCAGAGAACGCCACCUCUCCUAGUAGAGCUGGCAAGAGCUCCCUAAAUUUGAUCGAGAGAGUACCGCGGAGCACCUACAACGUAGUGCCUGCCCAAGCACUCAUCGAAGUGUUCUUGGCGGAGGAGCGUGACAUCCACAAGCUGCUUUGA